GUGAGGUGUGCCAAGAUGAACAGUUGUCGUCGCUCCUAACUUUGUCGCUCCUAACUUCGUCGCUCCUAACUCAGCAACAACAGUUGAGCAUUCGUGCAGCGAGCAGUGGAGGACUCAAGGUGCCCCAUAAAGAAGGCAAGUCCAGCUAUAAACAACAUUCAAUCAUUGCUUAACCACCAUCACUGGCGCCGUCAUCCAACUACGCCACUCAGGCAGUCAGUCAUCCAGAGCUGACAACCUUCAGUAAACUGCACGUACCAUAAAGAAUCGCCUAAUACAACUAGACCUAUAGACUAUCUUCAAUUAAGGCCACAUCAUCAACAUACAUCGAUGAUCUGGACUCCAGGGAAGACUAGGAACAUUUGAGAGGAGAAUAUUUAAUAAUAACAAUGGGGACCACAGCCUGCUCUGCUCCCCAUGAGUAAGGUGGAGACUUUAUUGCCAUUCUACCAUCCAGAAAGACCACCUUUUAUAGGUAGUCCCUGAACCAUCAUACUGCAGUGAACAGUGAAGCUGAAGCGAGCCAGUCCCUGGAGAACUGCCCUGUGGGAUGAUAUUUCAAAAUGCCACUAGCAGAAUCCUCCUUCGAUGGUAUACAAUACAGUACUGUAUGUAGGGUCAUCUAGUUACUACAAUGGGUAAAGCUUGCAGCAAAGUUUGGAACUGCUGCAAGCAAGAAUGUCCACAUGCUGGUGUGCAGCCAAGUAAUGAAGAUUAUGGGGACAAUGUAGUGGAUUCCAGCUCAUCCAGUGCUGCGUUGCUAGAUGCCUCACAUGGUCCCCAAGACGUUUCUGAUGGCCUCAGUAAUGUUAGAAGAGUGGCUCCUUGUGAUACUUCAACUAUCUCCCAGUCAAGAGAACAGCUAGACAAUGAAGACUACCUGAGGUUUCCUAUUUUACUUGACAAGAAAACCAUUGAAUAUGCAGAAAAGAGUAAGGUAAUGAUUAUCUUGAAGGGAUUGCCAGGAUCGGGCAAGUCGCAUAUUGCCAGAAGAAUUCAAAAAGUUUUCUCAGACUGUGUGGUGUGCUCGGCAGACUCGUACUUUACGAAUGAUGGAGUGUACAAGUUUGACCGAGACAGACUCAAGGAUGCUCACAGGUCGUGCCAGGAGAAAGCUUGUGAUGCUGCACAACGUGGCUCCCACGUUAUUGUUAUUGAUAAUACAAAUGUUAAAACUUGGGAAAGCAAAUACUAUCUGGAUUUGACAAAGAAAUAUAAUUACACUCCUCUUAUCUUAGAGGCCCAAACGCCUUGGGCCAUGGAUCCGAAAGAACUGGCUCAAAAAAAUAGCCAUGGAGUUCCUGAGGAGGUAUUAGUACAGAAGGUUAAAGACUAUGAGCCAGUUUUACCAUUAUACUACUGGUGGUUCUUGAAUGAAGCUGAUUGCAGAAAGGUGUCCUUGAUUGCAAGGGAAUGGUUGGAAAAGGCCCUUCAAGUUCCGAACUUUUUCCAGGACUUCUCGGAAACCACUAAGCUCUUGACAAUGAAAGAUAUGAUAGAAGACUUACGCUACAGACUGUGGUCAGCCUUUACAUCAAAGACAUCUUCAUCUGCACGGAGCUGCUUAACACCACAAAUGAUAUAGUGGACAUGCUGAUGCUCAAAAUAAAAAUUCUAAAUGUGGUGAUUAUCCUUGUAUAUAAAUUAUCAGAUGUAAAUCCUCAGCAGUUUAAAGACCAACUUACAAAAAUAGAAUACUGCUCAGAAAACCUCACAAACCCUGUCCCAGACAAAAUCUUGCUUGGCAACUUCAACUCACAAGAGCUAAAAUGGAAAAAUGUAGCAAAUACAGUUACACCAGAGAGAAUCCCAGGAAGCAGUUUAACUGAACUGGCCACACACAGAUUACCUCUUCCAAAUGUGUGAUAGAUUUGCCUUAAACCAGCAAAUAGAACCAACUUGGAAAGAAAACACUGUUGAUCUUAUUUUUACAAACAAUGAUGAACUGAUUAGGGACAUGAUGAUUAUAAAUACAUGUUACUCAGAUCACAAGCUAAUUGAAGUUCAGACAUGCAUGGGCAAUAGACCUGUGAAGCCAGUCUCAAAUCCAAGAGGAGUAUUCAGCAAAUUUAAUUUCAGUAACAGAUUAACUGGGAACAAAUAAACCAAGCUUUCACAGAAAUACUGUAUGCUGGGAAAGACAGCUAGAUAAUGCAAACUUACACCAGUGCCUUUAGAAAAUAGAUACAGUAGCACUAGACAUGUGUGCAAGUCACAUAAUAUGAAGGAGAAAGAGAAAGAGAUUCAAGUUGGAACAAGGUCAUUCCCUCUAUAGGUGGUGAAAGCAAAUUGCAGAACAUCCUAUAUGCUCAGCUCUAUCCAAAAAAUGACAAAGAAAGCUAUAUAGAGAAAUAGAAACGAUUGAGCUAAGGUUGCAAGAAUUAUAUAAAGUCCAGGAAAAACAGAGAGCAAAAGGCCCCAAGUUAAAUACAGAGGAAUUCAGAAUACUUUUUCUCCUAUGCAAAAUCAAUACAACAAAAACUGCAUCCUGCAUUGGGCCCUUGUGAUGGAACCUUCACAGAUGACUGCAAAGAAAUGAUUAAAAUACUGAGGUUACAGUACAAUUAUUUUCAAUGAACCCCUGAAUAAAUUGCAGAUCAAUGAUCCAAACGAAUUCUUUGUGAAAGUGACACCACCAUCGAGCCAUAUAUCAGAUGUACUAGUGCUCUCGAGAGUGGAAUACUGUUACAGUACACACUAACAGCCUCAUUCAAAGCUGGAUAAAUUGCUGACCAGGGGCCAGAUUCAUGAAGCAGUUACGCAAGCACUUACAAACCUGUACAUCUUUUCUCAAUC